AGAGGCGCAGGCUCGCUCGGCUCUGCGCUCGCUCGGGCGUCCCCCGCUCCGGCUCGGCUCCUCCUUCUCCCCUCCCGCCGCGGCUCCCGCAGCCGGCUCCAGGCGGCUGGCGGGCGCGCCUCCCCCCGGCCCUCCCUCCCCCUCCUCCCGCUCUCUGCCCGCUAACUUUCCCGAGCCCCGACCCGCGGUGCAGAGCUCGCCGGUAGCUUCGGGGCCGACUGCCGGCCGCGUGCGGAGAGCGCGGCUGUGCCCAGUAUCCCGUCCCCGCGCCCCCGGCGCGCUCCGCAGAGAACAGGACGAUGCCCGGGGCUGGGGACCGAGGGAAAGCCCCGGCGAGAUGGCUGGGCACUGGGCUUUUGGGUCUCUUCCUACUCCCUGUGUCCCUGUCGCUGGAGGUAUCUGUGGGAAAGGCCACCACCAUCUACGCUGUCAACGGCACAGAGAUCCUGCUGCCCUGCACCUUCUCCAGCUGCUUUGGCUUCGAGGAUCUCCGCUUCUGGUGGUCCUACAACAGCAGUGACACGUUCAAGCUUCUCAUAGACGGGACUGUGAAGAAUGAGAAGUCUGACCCCAAGGUGAAGUUGAAAGACGAUGACCGCAUCACUCUGGUAGGCUCCACCAAAGAGAAGAUGAACAACAUUUCCAUUGUGCUGAAGGACCUGGAAUUCAGUGACACGGGCAAAUACACCUGUCACGCGAAGAACCCCAAGGAGAACUCUUUCCAGCACCAGGCCACCAUCUUCCUCCAAGUCGUUGAUAAAUUGGAAGAAGUGGACAACACGGUGACCCUCAUCAUCCUGGCCGUCGUGGGCGGGGUCAUCGGGCUCCUCGUCUUCAUCCUGCUGCUCAAGAAGUUCAUCACCUUCAUCCUCAAGAAGACGCGGGAGAAGAAGAAAGAGUGUCUCGUGAGUUCCUCGGGGAAUGACAACACAGAGAAUGGGUUGCCUGGCUCCAAGGCAGAAGAGAAACCACCCUCAAAAGUGUGAACCCCUGCUUUAGGCCAAGCAGCUGCAGGGAGCCUCCCUUUCUGACGAUGAAACUGAUGCUUGAGCUCUGUUCGUAGAACCCACGUGCCUGAGACAUCUGCUGCUUGGCUCAAACUGUAGUUUUUCCUACCAGGAGAAACUGGGGUCCUGCCCAGCCUGCCCCACUCCUGUCCAACCUGCCCCAUCCCCUCCCCACCCAGGGUUCCCCAGGGACAAGGGAUGGCCAAGGGAGAGGGCCUGUAGAA